CUACAGAGAACACAUUUUUUUUACGGUGUGUUCUGGGGACAGGCAGCUCACGGAUAGUGAAGAGAUGUUUGCUGUAAGUGACAACAAAUGCUGUAGCCUAAAACAGAUGUGACAUGACUUAGAGCACCUUUUAAAGUCGCUAAUUAGUUAGAUGGGUUAAAUGCAUAGGAUGCAUUCCUGAUACCAAGGCCAGAGAAGUUUGCCAUUUCUAUUACACCAGAGCCCUGCUACUUCUUUUACAGGCUUUUCACAGCCUUAAUAGCUUUCUUUUUCCCGACUAUACAAACAUUAUUCAUUACUGUCAGAGAAAACAGGACACGCCUCGUCUCAGUCUGCCUCAGCCAAAUUAACUUUUACAAUUCCAGUAAUUGCAGAUGCAGUGAUGAAUUCUACACUGAAUUGUUUAGCCGAACAGAACAAUUUAUUCACUGAGCAAUCCAUGUUGAGCUGUAUAUAACAGAUGUUGUGCUAAUAUCUAAACUUUAAAUAAAUCUGUCUUUGUAUUUUAAUGAUUAAUGAAUUAAUAAUAUUAAUAAUUAAGCCACACAUGUGCUGCCAUUAACCGUCUGAGAGUGAAUGUUUGGGUUUACGGAUAAAUUGUUAAUGUGAAAAAAUGUGUUAGUGAGGAUGUGAAUGUGCAUUUAACCUCAGGCAUGCUUACAGUCUACAUUCCAGCUUGAAGCAGCUGCUUUGUAACUUUGUAAACACCCGUAAGACCGCUCUUCUUCUCUUUUAAUUAAUUCCUCCUGUUGGCUCGGGGUAAUCAAUAGGCCUGAUUGACAUUAAACAACAAUAGAUCAUCAAGAAAUCAGUCACCACAUCUGCUCCACUUAGUACAGUACUUCUAAAUGCGACACAUUUACCACCCCUGAUCAUGGAUUUGUUAGCUGCAGAAUCCAGUUGUUCCCGUCAAGCCAGUUGCAGUGGGCAAUGGUGCAGGUGAAAGGAAGAGAGGGAGGGGCUGAUCCAGGCGGAGAGAAAGAGGAGGAGAAAGCUAACAGAAACCAAAUAUGACUGUGUGAAACAAAAUGGAUCAGACCAAGCUCAGCCUUUCCUCAAAGGCACCACAUGUAAAUGGUGGGGGAAAUGAUUCACUGAUGGAAGAAGCAUCAGGGCCGUGGCAAGAUGGUGUGGACCUGGAGAGGCAGAGGGACACAGAAACCAAAGAACCAGAUGUUGUUAAUGGGACGACAGCAGCUGCAGAGAUAAACCAUCACCACAGGGGGUCAGCAGACAAACACAAGUUCAACACAUUUGGCUAUCAGAGGCGGACCAAGCAGAAGGUUGUGACUGACUUUGCAACACUGACUAAGGGAUCAUCUGCAGGUGCCAAACCCAGAGGUGCACUGAGACAGGUCCUGUUCAGCCAGGGCGUGUCUGAGAAGUCUGAGGAGCGAGGUCAGCUGGAGAUGUUAAAGCAGGGUCUGGGGGCCUACGCUUUACCGGCCGAUCUAAAGUGGAGGUGGAAUGAGGAAAGUCAGGGCACCACGCUGGAAAAGAACUGGACCAAUAUAGUGCACUCUCAUUCAACGAUGUCUAAGAUGCAGAGACACCAACAGGAGGCGCUGUGGGAGUUUGUCCACACUGAGCUCACCUACAUCAACAAGCUCCUUGUCAUCAAAGAUUUGGUUAUCGCUGCUCUAGUCAACCUGCACCAGCAUGGAUUUCUCCUGGAGGUGACCCCUGAGCUACUUUUCUCCAACCUUCCCUCCAUCCUCACAGCACACCAGCUGUUCUGGCAGGAGGUGAUUUAUCCCAUGUUACACGAAGUCCGGAGGACAGGCAAUCCCUUUGACCCCAUGAUGUUAGAGGCCGGUUGCCUGCAGUUCCACCAGCGCUUCUUUUCAUAUAAGAAUUACUGUUGGGAGGAGGAAAACAAUCUGGAGUUCACACGCAGGCACAUCGAGAGCAACCCACAUUUCCUCACUUACGUCCAGUGGGUGGAGACUCACCCUCUGUGUGAGCGGAUGCGGCUCGGGGACAUGCAGGCCAAACCCCAUCAAAGAAUCACUAAGUACCCUCUGCUGCUCAAGGCAAUACUGAAAACUACCCAGGAUCCUCAUGUACAGCACACGCUCAAAGGCAUGUUAUCCAGUGUAAACUGUUUUUUGGAGAGCAUCAAUAACUACCUGAAGCUAAAAGAUGAGGAACUUGCUCUCACCAUCUCUGCUCAGAGGGUGGAGGGAUACGAGGUGGAGGGAUUAAAUGAAGAGGUGGACAAGCAUGUCCGCAUGAUCUGCCAGUUUGACCUAACAUGCCCCAUCAGCGGAGUAGGUUCACAAGUUGUUAGAAAGCUGCUGCUGGAGGAAAACUUGAAGAUUCGGGGGAGAAAAGACAGCAAGCUGGAGGUGGUGGCUCUACUUUUCUCAGAUGUGCUUCUAAUGACCAAAGUCCAGAAGAAAGGAGAGCGGCUGAAGGUAGUGCGACCUCCUCUGGCCCUCGACAGAACACAUUGCAUAGCACUGAAAGAUGGCUAUUCCUUUGUUCUUGUGGAGGUAGGUGAGCUUCAGAGUGCUAUGAAUGUCUACAUAUUUGCGGCCAGCACAUCAGAGAGCUGCUCCACAUGGGUCUCCACCAUCAACCAGGCAAAGGAAAAACUGAGAAAUCUGAGACAGACAGAGAAAAACAGACAACUGGAAAACUUGAAAAUCCAGCAGUUUGAGGCCAAACAUGUCACAAUAGCCAAGAAGGAAGAUAUGGAGAGAGAAGAACAACCUCUUACACAAUCAAGACAAGCGACAUUUGUGGAUGAACUUAGAGAGGAAUUUAUUAUCCCCCGAUCAAUAAAUGGGAUGUUGGCAUAUAAAGAAGCAGAUGAACAACCUCUAGGUGAUGUGGCCAACAACAAUUCUGAUGUAUCUUUUUGGCACCCCCGUCAGCCCAUCGACAAUGGCCGUAAAUUAGUGAAAAAGGGCUUUGCUGUUAAGCAACAAAGAGUCAAAGGAUAUGAAUGGAUAGAAAUGGAAGUGAGAGAAGACAAAGUUGGGAUCCACACAGAAGACGAAGAUAGAAUGGCUGAAUCUCUGACGAUAACAGGAAAGCAAAGGUUGAUCCGGAACCACAAAGUGCACUCUGCCCCUAAUCUGGAUCAUUUCACUCACAGUAUUGAAGUUGAUCCAUCAAGAUACAACACAACUGGACCACAUGCUUUCUUAUAUCCAGAUGUUGACUACCCAACAGAUGAACAUAGUAUUUUACAACCUCCUCACGAACCAGCAAUAUCCAGGGAGGGGCCUGAGGUUUUUAGACUACCAGGAGAAGGAGACAUAUCCACAAAGAGGGACUCUGAUUCCCAAUCUGUUAACCAGGACUCCAGGAGAAAUUCCUACAUUCAGUCUAAACACAUGGUGGCUUCUCCAGAGACUUGGGGCAGCUCCAAAAUUCUGAGGUCACCGGGGUUACGAAGGAGGAGGCCAAUCAGUAGUCCUCAGGGCUCCUAUUAUCAGACGUCUAGGCAGUUCUUCCAUGGUUUAGAACAGGUUUGGUCUGAAUCAAACAGCUACUCUCUCCCCAACUCAAACAGUGACCUGAAGAGAAACUCUCUUCCUCCUGGCUCAAAUUCACACCGGGUGCUAAAGCUGGGCUCCCUGAAGCCAUGGAACAUGCAUGAUAGAGUCUCUCCAGAUCCCCAAACGUUGUCCGAAUCUGAGCUUUCUGAUCUUGACUUCUGUGAGAGAGUGAAAACCAAAAGGAGUGCCUCCAUUCCUAACAUUAUCAUUAAAGGAAGCCAUGGACUUUGUGUGGAUUCAAGUAGUCUGGACGAGUUACCUCAAGUAGAUGUUGCACGUUUCUCCAUCUCAAUGCAUAAUCCAGUUGGACACCACUCGCCUCUGGAGGGUCUUUUGGAAAGAGCCAAAGAGAGAGAUGGAUUAAAAAGAGACAGAAAUUUGAAAAUGGCCAAUUUAAGGUCAAGGUAUCCUCCUCCUUCGCCCUCGUUUUCACCCACACCUUCUCCACCGCCCAGUGAAGGAGACAAAGACACAGACUUGGAGGAGGAGGUGGAGCUGAUGAGACAUAGAGCCCUCACAGUGAGUAAAGGAUGGAAGGAGCAGCUGGUGGACGGAUAUGAAGAUGACAAGAAGAACAGUGACUUUACAGAUGGAGUAAAUGUGGAUUGGUCUGGUUGGUGCUUUGAUGAUGACGAAGUCAUGGAUCAUUUACAACCUGGAGGCGAAGGGUUUAUGGAGAGCAUCAGCCGAUCAUUGUCCUUCUGGGGUAUCCACGAAGUUUUAGAGCAAGAAGAAGGAGAGUUUAGUCAGGUGUAGCCCUGAAGCUGCACCUCGGAGCCUUAUAGUCACUACAAAACUAGACUAAUGACCGAAAUCAUGCAAACUCAAAAUUCAGUCUGUGAAUGUGAACUACUCUGAGAAAAAUUAACAAUAACAGUUUAAUCAAAUUAAUCUGUAAUGAAUGCAAAAAUAAUGCAAUUUUUUGAAAUAAUAUAUAAACAUGUGGUCAGUGUUUUUGUAAAUAUAUGAUAAAACUUUUUUUAAAUGUAUAUUUUAUUUAUAUCAGUGAUAAUUUUCCCACUCAUUGAUCUGCGAGUUUCAGAUUAUAUUUAACAUAACAAAUAAACAAGCUUCAUUUCUGUUAAACGUACUUUAUUUGUG